ACAUCACUGAAACAUCCAACAACCCUGAAACAACCGUAUGCGUUGUUGUGUUUCGGCCUUUGCGUUGAUACUCUAAUUAGUCUCACUACCUGGAUUAGAAUUAAUAUUUAACUGCUAAGAUGAACAUCGAUGAAGAUUUUUCUUCCGAUUCAGACGAUGAGGAUUAUGUAGGUGAAGAAAUUGUUUCCGAAGAAGAAGAAUCCGGUGAUGAUGAGGGAGAUUCACUGGAAUCAGCCGCAAAGGUCCCGAAUGGGCAAAAACUGCCAAAGAAGAAGCGGUCAAAAACCAGCAAACUUCUUGAAGUUAGAAAAAGGAAGGGCGGUAUUCAGUUAGACGAAGAGGAGCCGGCGACCAUGCAGGAGGAAAAGAAAGACAAGUGUCCAGAUUUUGCAAGUGAGAAAAAACAGAUUAUUCAAGAAAAAGAGAAGGAGAAAGCAGAUGCACUUUGGGCAAGCUUCAAUAAAGACCUACCUAGUAAAAAGCAGAAGUUAGCUGCCUCCCAACAAUUGGCUAGUCCUAAUAAUAAACCAUUAUCUUCCACAACAGAGAAGACUGUUUCUGAAGUCGUCUCUGGGAGCGGAAAGAACCCAACCCUUGUAGUGAUCACUAAGGUUUACGAUUUUGCCGGAGAGGAGGUGAAAGUAUCUAAAACAGUCGCAGCGGAUUCGAAAGAAGUUGCAAAAGCAGGUAAAGUGGGAGCGGGCGUAAAUGGACAGCCAGCGAACGUGAGACCAGGUGGGAGCAAGCAGCCUGGUCUCACCGGCCUCUUGGGACAGAUCGGGAAGAAGAACAAACUCAGUGUGCUGGACAAAUCUAAAUUGGAUUGGGAUAGCUAUAAGAAAGAUGAAAAGCUGGAGGACGAUUUGAAAUUGCAUAACAAGUCAAAAGGAUCGUACCUCGAGAAACGUGCGUUUCUGGAGCGGGUGGACUCGCGGGAAUUUGAGUACGACCGAGUCGUCAGACAGGUCAGCAAGCCGUGAGUGCCAGACACGAGCACCAGCAGUAUCGUGUCGCCGGCGAGCGUGCGCGUGCAGUAUAGCCAAUAGAUUCGAUGGUGACAUGAACUUCAAUGGCUUGCACUGAAUAAUACUGUAUCAACAGCAGUUGCAACUACUGUGGUGACGUCAACGCUAGCAAAGACACUGCAUGUCAUCGUGUCACAUCAGCAGCAGGUGGAACCACUGUGGUGACGUCAACAGUAACAAGGAUGCUGGGAUGUCAUCAUGUCACAGCAACAGCGGGUACGACCACUGUGGUGACGUCAACGCUAGCAAAGACACUGCAUGUCAUCGUGUCACAUCAGCAGCAGGUGGAACCACUGUGGUGACGUCAACGCUAGCAAAGACACUGUAUGUCGUGUCAUAGAAGCAGGUGGAAGCACUGUAGUGAUGUCCCCGAUGACAAAGACACUGAAUGUCAUCAUGCCACAGCAUCAGGUAGAAGUGCUGUGGUGACAUUAAAAGUAACAGCAUGACACCUGCACACACGUGCAUCGAAGAGUAUAAUAUUAUAUAUUUUAAUUUAAAGGAUGUUACACGGAAAGGGAAUGUUUCAGACUUGUCCCGUCGCGUGGAUAAUCAAGUGUCUUUAUUGACAUGAAUGAAAUACUGAUUCUUGAUUCUGGCUAACUUGGUAUUCCAUGUAUUACUGAUACUUUAUGAUUAAAUUACUCAUGUGGUAUGCCCUUUAUGUCUGUGUUAUGGGUUGGGGAAAGAUGAAGCUCCACAUUCGUGUCGUACGUGAAUCACAUGGUCACAGAUAAUGCAAGAUGCUUGCACCAAAAAUGAUUAAUGUAGCAAGUUGUAGUGUAGUGAACCAGUCACAUCACAUAAAAAAAUGUUUUAAUUUCUAGCUCAUAAACUUAUCAACUUAAAAACUUGUCAUUGUUGGAUAAUCAUGUUUAAGGUGUUUCUGUAUUCAUAAAAGAAAUUCACUAUUCAUAAAGCAAGUGACAACAAAAUACCUGUUAUAAAACUUGAAUCUCUGUGACAUAAUUAUAUACUUCUUGCAAAUCAACAUAUACUUCUGAAAUGUGACGUGCUACGUUUUGAACGUUGGAAUAAACUGAGUAUUUGUA